AGUAAGAGCGCUGUCUCUGGGUACGGGGCUCGGACUAAGGGCAAAGGGCAAAGGUCAGCGUCCAGGUUGGUCUGCUUCACCUUUUAGCAAUGGCAGCGUGCGGGGAACCCGGGAAGCAGUGUCAAGAGGAGGUGGCGGCGGCGGCGGUGGUGGUGGUGGGCUCCUGCAUGACAGACCUGGUCAGUCUUACUGCUCGUUUGCCAAAAAUUGGAGAAACCAUCCAUGGACAUAAGUUUUUUAUUGGCUUUGGAGGGAAAGGUGCCAACCAGUGUGUCCAGGCUGCCAGGCUUGGAGCAAAGACAUCCAUGGUAUGCAAGGUUGGCAAAGAUUCUUUUGGCAAUGAUUAUAUAGAAAACUUAAAACAGAAUGGUAUUUCUACAGAAUUUACAUAUCAGACUAAAGAUGCCGCUACUGGAGCUGCUUCUAUAAUUGUUAAUGAUGAAGGCCAGAAUAUCAUUGUCAUUGUGGCUGGAGCGAAUUUACUUUUGAAUACUGAAGACCUGAGGGAGGCAGCAAGUGUCAUUAGCAGAGCCAAAGUAAUGGUCUGCCAGCUAGAAAUAACUCCAGCAACUUCUUUGGAAGCCCUGACAAUGGCCCGCAACUGUGGAGUGAAAACAUUGUUCAAUCCAGCCCCUGCCAUCGCUGACCUGGCUCCCCAGUUCUAUGCCCUCUCAGACGUGUUUUGCUGCAACGAAAGCGAGGCCGAGAUUUUAACAGGCCUCACAGUGAGCAGCCCGGAAGAGGCUGGCAAGGCUGCCCUUGUGCUCCUGAGGAGGGGCUGCCAGGUUGUGGUCAUCACCUUGGGGGCUGAAGGAUGCAUGAUGGUGUCACAGACGGAUCCUGUUCCAAAGCACGUUCACACCGAGAAAGUCAAGGCUGUGGACACCACGGACGGGGCCAGGCUGAGGUGUCCUGUGAACAAAAACCCAGAAGUAAAUGGGAAGAAGCAAGAGGGUGCUGGUGACAGUUUUGUGGGCGCUCUGGCCUUCUACCUGGCUUACCAUCCACAUCUGUCCUUGGAGGAAAUGCUCCAGAGAUCCAACCGCAUCGCAGCAGUCAGUGUCCAGACUGCAGGGACGCAGACAUCGUAUCCAUUCAAAGAAGACCUCCCACCUACUCUGUUUUAAAUGCUGUUAACCCCAAAUAAAGACACCUGAAAAUAAAGUGCACCCAUGGGUGACCAAUCAGCAAACA